GUCUAGACGUAAAUUUAUAGUUUCCGGGCGAAACUAAAGAAAAUUUUCGGGUCAGUGACUCACAAGCAAAACGGUCAAACAAACGAUCCAUUUCCGCUCAGACGCACUAAUGGAGGCGACGAACAAGGGACGACGGCUGAGAGAAGAUACCACUACGGAGGGAGCCUCACCGGAACCUCACGAACUUCCUCCAGAGAUCAUCAGGGAGAUUCUCAUCCGAUUACCAGCCAAAUCAAUCGGGAAUUUCAGGUGCGUCUCGAAGCUCUUCUGCUCCCUCUCAUCGGAUCAAGGGUUCGCAAAGAGACACCUAGAUCUAACCAAUCACCGGAAACUCAUCGUAUCUGGACAUAACAUGUAUGCAUUAGACUUCGAUGGAAUCGAUGAUGGCUUCGAAGGAAUUAUAGAUUUGACAGCUGUGGAGCUUAACUAUCCGCUUAAAGAGGUCCCGAGUAAAUUCGAUGAGUUUAUUCAGAGAAUCAUUAGAGAGGAUGCUGUGGUGGGCGACGAGUUGAUUAAGCUCAAUACGGAGAUGUAUCUUAAAAAAUGGGUUCAGUUUAUCGGUUACUCGAACGGCAUGGUGUGUGUUUCUCCAGCUGCUGACGCGGUUUUCUUGUAUAACCCAACCACCGGAGAUUCCAAGAGAUUACCUGAUCCCGCCGGAGGAAAUAUAUAUCCAACUUAUGGAUUUGGCUUCGAUGAUCUGACCGAUGAUUACAAAGUAGUGAAGCUCGUUGCUGAUACCCGCCAUCUCAACGCUAGUGUGUAUUCGUUGAAGUCAGACUCGUGGAGGCGGAUCUGUGAUUUGAAUUAUGAGCACGAUAACGAUGGCUUUGCUGCCGGUGUGAAUGUGAACGGUGCUAUUCACUGGUUGUUCAUUCUUGAGGAGGCUGACAAGAGAGUCGUCUUAGUUUUUGAUGUUAAAACCGAGGAGUUUCGAGAGAUGGCGUUGCCUGGUGAAGCUGAGGAUGUUUCUCGAGACUUUACCGCGGGGGAUCUCAAUGGGCGACUCUGUGUGAUCAAUAGUCGCUCCAAGAGGCAUGGUGAUGAUGAUAUUUGGGUUAUGAAUGAGUACUGUGUAGCGAGUUCUUGGACCAGAAUCCGGCUCAGAUUGUUGUACAGGUGUAUGAGACCGCUGUGUUCGACUAAUAACAGUGAUGAGGUUCUUCUGGUGUCUAAUUUGUCUGAUGAAGACAUAGUAUUGUACAAUUUUAAAACUGAUGCAAGGAGGAAUCUGCGAAUUAGCGGGGCAAACCUCAGUGGAGGUUUUGAGACUCAUAUGUCCAUAGAGAGCCUCAUAUCACCGAACUUGUAUGUUGUUGAGAACUGAAGAAAAACUUUGUAAUUUACAAGUUUUAACUGGUUGAAAUCUCUUAUGCUAUAUGUAGGAGGACUGGGAUCGAAUAUUUUGUUUUUUUUUUAUGUUCGGUUCUUUGUUAUUCUCACUUGUAUAUGUGAACAAAACCAUAUCCAAAAAGCAAACCGAUGUUUUUUGCA